AUGUCAUCGCAUGCAGGACAAUCAUUUGGAACAAAUUCACCUCCACUCGAUGCAACCGGCCAGGAUAAGCCAAUGGGCGUGUCGAGUAUCAAUGGGGACAAGCCUGCCUCACCGGUGCCUGAUGUCGAGCAACGACAAGGAUACUUUAAGGGCGUAGAGACAGGGAAAGAGAACGGCGACCAGGUUGGGGCAGGCGCACCUUCGAAGGCUAAGCAGUGA